AGUAUUUCACAAUGGUGUUGAUCGCCGCUUGCAUCCUCUCGAAGACGGGAAAAUUGCUUGUUGCCCGGCAGUUCGUAAAUGACAUGAUGAGAUCUCGUUUGGAAGGGCUCGUUGAUGCUUUCCCGAAGCUUAUUGGGAAUGAGAAGGAAGCUGCUACUCGUCAACAUACAUUUGUCGAGACAGACAGCGUCCGCUACGUUUAUCACCCUCUGGACAACAUUUACCUUGUGUUGGUGACAACGAAAAACUCGAACAUUCUCGAGGACUUGGAAACUUUACGCCUUUUCGUACGAGUCAUUCCAGAGUAUUGCCGCUCAAAUGAGGAGAAAGAGAUUCUUGCUCACGAUUUUGAUCUGAUUUUUGCAUUCGAUGAGGUCGUCACUCUCGGAUACCGCGAGAGCGUCAAUCUUGCUCAAAUCAGAACUUUCACAGAGAUGGAUUCUCAUGAGGAAAGAGUUUUUAUGCAGAUCAAGGAAGCUCAAGAGAAAGCUGCCAAGCAGGCAAUGGCUGAAAAGGCCAAGGAACUCAAGAGAGCUCAGAAGGAGGCUUUGAGCAGAGGGCUCAAGCCAAGUUAUCAAUCAAGCACAGGAAUCUCUUCAUCAUCCACUCCAAAUGCAGCUGCAGUUUCUGAGCCAGCGGCUCCACGACCAUCGGCACCGAAGGGACCAAUUGGAGGUGGAAAGGCACUGAAGUUGGGAGGAAAAACGAAUAAUGAAGAUGAUUUCUUGGAUACAUUGAGACAACAAGGUCAAAGCAUUGCACCAGUACAGAAAGCUAGUCUUUCAGGAGGAGUUUCCUCUCUCGCCGCACCGAUCUCCACAGCUCCACGUGUCAAGAGAGAAGUCGUUCACGUUAGAACUGAAGAGAAAAUUAAUACCCGUGUCAGUCGUGAUGGAGGGCUCGAAUCAGGAGAAGUACAAGCCACUGUUACCCUCUCUAUUGGAUCUCCCGAAUUUAUUCCAAUUUCAAUUAAAAUGAAUAAUGGAUCUGCAGCUGGAACUCAACUUCAAGUUCAUCCAAAUCUCGAUAAGAAGGAAUGGCAAUCUUCGUCGACACUGAAAAUUAAGCCGAACGGAAAACCAUAUCCAGUUAACUCAGAUGUGGGAAUUCUCAAAUGGAAAAUGGCACUUUCCGAAGAAGAGCAGUUGCCAAUUUCUUUCAAUUGCUGGCCUCAAGAAUCAUCUGAUGGAGUCCAAGUCAAUAUUGAGUACACAUUGCAAAGAGAGGACAUCACUUUGAACAAUGUUCGCAUCAUUGUGCCACUUCCAACUGCGACAGCUCCAUCCGUUGGUGAGUGUGAUGGAGAAUAUGAGUACCACAAGACGAAGAACGUGAUUGUUUGGUCCUUAGCUGUGAUUGACAGCUCGAACUCUUCGGGAACCCUUGAAUUCUCAGUUCCAAAUGGCCAUUGUGAUCAUUUCUUCCCUGUCUCCGUUGGAUUCACUUCUGAAAACUUGUUUGUGCCGAUUACUGUACAAAAAGUUGUGAAAAAUGAUGGAUCGCCGGUAACUUAUUCAGUGGAGACUACUUUCAACUCGGAAAAUUUCGAAAUUGUGUAAUUUAUUCCUAUUCGAGAGAUCUUCAAGAUUGAUAUUUUUAUUGCUUCCAAUACCACCACCAAGCCACUAAUUUUUCUAGAGAUUCAUGAUUCCUUUUUUGCAAAUCAUGUUAUCCCUUUGAUUGCUGUGAUGCAUAAGCCACUCUCCUCCGACCCAAUUCAUACUGUAUUUAUUGAGAAUAUUUUAAUUUAUGUAUGCUCUUCUAUUUAUUUCCAUUUCUUUUGGGUUUUACGGAUACAUUUUUUUUGU